AUGGCUAUUGAUAAGGAAAUUGAAACGGAGACUGAGGUAGUAUCAGAUACACAGUCCAAUUCCGAUAGUAGCUUCUCUUACAAUGGGGUGAUGGAUACCGAUGAUGAGCAUGAGUGCAUUGUGAAUGUUGUCUCUAUGGUGAGUGAGUUUUAUUAUGAUACUUGGGUUCACAAAGAACCCAAACACACCAUGGACUGUACGAAAGCAAUGUACACAAGGUCUCUCCUUGAAGGACACGAUGACCGAUUGUAUGAACUUUGUCGUAUGGACAAAGAUGUAUUUAUACGAUUGUGCAAUACUUUGAAAGAGUGCAGCCUCAUUGCAAACAGUGGGGAUAUUUCAGUGGAGGAACAACUAGCCAUUUUCCUUCAUAUUGUUGGACAUAAUGAGAGGAAUCGGAUGAUGCAAGAGCGGUUCGAACAUUCCGAUGAGACAAUUAGUUGCUUUUUCAAUGACAUGCUGAUGAAUUGCAUAGGAGCUAUUGAUGGGACACACAUAUCAGCAUGGGUCCCUACUGAUAAGCAAACACCGUACUGGCAUAGAAAAGGGCCUUGCACACAAAAUGUAAUGGCCGCAUGUGAUUUCAACAUGCGGUUUACACUUGUUCUUGCUGGAUGGGAGGGAACCGCAAAUGACUAUCGCAUAUUUGCUGACGCUAUGCGUAAGUAUUAUGUUGUUGAUUUUGCGUACCCCAACAUUGCUGGCUACAUGGCACCGUACCGUAAUACACGGUACCACUUGCUUGAUUUUCGAAGGGGAGGACAACCUACAACAAAGGAAGAGUACUUUAAUAAUGCCCAUGCCUCCUUGAGAAGUGUUAUCAAGCGAAGUUUCAGUGUAUUAAAGGCUCAAUUCCCUAUUCUGAAGUGUACGCCAUGCUAUCCAUUAAAGACACAACGGUUAAUGGUUGUGGCUUGCAUGGCAAUACACAACUUCAUCCGGGACAACCAGGACAAAGACACCCUAUUUAAUGAGUUUGAGAAUGAUGAAGAGAUCGAAAUUCAACAUCUGUCUGAAACAAAUGGUGAAGGUUUCAAUGAGGUUGCUAUCGAUGAUGUGGUUCAACAACAAGAAAUGUUGUUGCUUAGGCAACAACUUGCAGAUGCAAUAUAUGCUGACCAAAAUCGGCCACCAUUGAGGAGGCGUAGAUCAACAUAA